AUGUUGUUACCACAUCCACUCGAACAGCUGCGGGCAACUGAGAUCCACUGUGCUCGAGAUGUCAUUUUCAAGGUUAACCCAGGGGUCCUGAUCCAGUUUCGUUCGAUAUUCCUCGAAGAGCCGGCCAAAGCUUCUUUAACAAGCUUCCUGGCAGCGGAACAUGGAGGGACACUCACUUCUUCCACUCCACGACCACCACGAUUGGCCAACGUAUACUAUGAUACCAUCCACUCAGACAAGACGCAUAAGUAUUUUGAAGCCGUGGUUGACUUGGAUCUAAAGGAAGAGGUGUCCCGUCAGGCCUUUGAUAGUUCAAUGCAGCCCUCAUUUACACUGGAGGAAUUUUACUCAUUUAACGAGGCAUGCAUGACAUCCCCAUUGUUCCAGGAAGCUGUAUCCAAAUUCAAGUUACCAGAGGGAUUCGUCCUUGAGAUUGAUCCGUGGCCAUAUGGCGGGCUCGACCAUGGAGAGCCAGAUAUUCGUUACAUGCAGGGGCUUUGCUUCGCCAAGGACACUCGGAAUGGAAAUCCAAACUCCAAUCAUUACGGGUACCCAAUUCCUCUCAUCCCAGUAAUGGAUUUCCACAAACGAGAAGUCAUCAGGGUCGACAAGCUCGCAACGGGAGGGACCGGUGAUGGCCUAGCUUGCGACACUACCCCGACAAACGUAUUGGACCAUACUCGCCCGUCUGAAUAUGUCCCUGAACUUCUGGACGUAAAAUUACGAACGGACCUCAAACCGCUUAAUGUACUCCAGCCCGAAGGACCCUCCUUCCAAGUGAGCAAUGGCAGUUUGGUCGAAUGGCAGAAAUGGAGAUUUCGUGUUGGAUUCAACCCUCGAGAAGGCGCUACCAUUCACGAUAUCCAUUAUGAUGGGCGGAGCGUUCUAUAUCGCCUGAGUUUCUCUGAAAUGACGGUUCCCUAUGGGGACCCUCGGCCUCCAUUUCAUCGAAAGCAAGCCUUUGAUUUUGGCGAUGGUGGCGCUGGGCGGUCUGCUAACAAUCUGGCUUUGGGCUGUGAUUGCCUAGGUGUUAUCCAAUACUUGGACGGAUUUAACAUCGACGCGUCAGGUCAGCCUUCCGUGGCUAAGAACGUAGUCUGCGUCCACGAACAGGACAACGGCAUCGGAUGGAAGCACACUAACUUCCGUACCGACAGGGCUGUGGUUACCCGCUAUCGUGAACUUGUGGUGCAGUUCAUCAUCACUCUUGCCAACUACGAGUAUAUUUUCGCAUACAAAUUUGACCAAGCCGGAGGAAUUACUGUCGAAACCCGAGCGACUGGUAUUGUCUCAGUGAUUAACAUUGAUCACGGAAAAACCUCCCCGUGGGGUAAUGUAGUAUCUCCCGGCGCCUUGGCUCAGAACCAUCAGCACAUAUUCUGUCUUCGCAUUGACCCCGCGAUCAAUGGCUAUCGGAAUACAAUUUUCCGCGAAGAAUCUCUACCAAUGCCCAUGGAUAUCCAUACCAAUCCGUUCGGGAAUGGCUAUCAGGUAGUUACGCAGCCGGUAGCCACUUCCGGCGGAUUCGACGCUUCUCCAAGCACCAACUUAACAAUCAAAAUGUCCAAUACCAACGUUCUAAACCCCAUUUCCGGCCGCCCCGUCUCCUACAAAUUUACUCCCCCAGCUACACAGCUUCUGCUCGCGGACCCUCGAUCCACCGUCGCGCAGCGUGCCCAGUUCGCAAAACACCACGUCUGGGUGACGAGACACAGGGACGGCGAAUUCUUUGCCGGCGGCAAAUUCACCAAUCAGUCCCGGACCGAACGGGGCGGCGUUGGCGACGCUGCCGCCCGAAAUGAAAACACCCUUGACACCGACGUGGUGAUCUGGUCGGUCUUUGGGCUUAGUCACAAUCCUCGCGUGGAGGACUGGCCCGUGAUGCCAAUUGAGAAAAUGGAAGUGCACCUGCGACCUGCUGAUUUCUUUGAUCGUAACCCUGCGUUGGAUGUUCCUGGGACUAAAAACCCAACGAGCGUGCUUGUUGAUGGUAAGACUGACGAUUGCUGUGCUGCGGGUGGGAAGGUUCAGCGGGCACCUGAAUCACAUCGUCAGAGUUCGCAGGAUAUUCCUGUGAAGGAUAUCCUCUUCAAGCUAAAGCCCGGCGUCACGGCGGCUCAGAUAGAUGAAUUCAAGAAGGCAUGCAAGGCUAUGGUUGGGCAGGUCCCAGGCCUUCGCGAAAUACACAAUAACCCACCAUUGGCCAUGACAGCAUCCCGGGCCAAGGGGUAUGAUAUGGGCUUGUUGGCCAUUUUGGAAAAGCCGGAUGAUAUCUCGGUAUAUGCAGGGCAUCCGUCGCAUUUGGAGGUGCAAAAGCUACGAGAAGAGAUAUGCGAUGACGCAUUGGCAUACGAUAUGGAGUUUUAA